CUUUCCGUCAGCCUCGACUCGCCGACUCGCUCGCUACGAAAGUGCCCUCACCCUCAACCAGAGGUACUUCCAUUUGUACUCAGUCCUCCCGACCACUCGACUUGCAUGCCCAGAACCUCGUCGCAAAGCCCGCGAACCCCUGUCGAGGAUUGUUCGCAAGGCUCGAGAACGAGGCCCAAAUCUCCUCUUCGCGGUCGCAUUCCAUUCACCAGGACCACCACCACCACUCGGGACUCGGUACAUCAUCAUAAUCGCAAGCGGAGAAAGACCCAAUACCCCGGAGGAGGUGUGUUACUCCAACAAUGUCGGGCGCGACACCACAAUAUGAGGAGCGUGGGGGGAUUUUACGGAGUGUUCAUGCUCCCUUUGACACAAUGAGCCCAAGUGGACCUUCGCAGUCAAAACCUAUACCUUCUACCUCAACUUCGAUAACAGAGCACGACUACCGCUUCCCACGUAGACCUGAUCACCAACAACAUAACGACUUCAACCCGUGCAAUAGUAAUAGCUCCACCGCAACUUCCGGCACGAGUACCAGCACACUGGACAAGCUGGAUCAAUCACCAGAAAUCAGCGCGCGCAAAGAUUUGCUGCGCGAGAGUUUCUUUCCCACGUGGAGAGAUGAUGCUGCCGGCGAGGAGCUUGAUAGCCCAGAUGAGAUGCAGAGGAAGGAUCCCUUAGCAACGCAGAUAUGGAGGUUGUACAGCAAGACCAAGAAGCAAUUACCUAACCAGGAGCGAAUGGAGAAUCUAACCUGGCGCAUGAUGGCCAUGAGUCUGCGAAAGCGCAGGCAGCAGGAGGAAGCCGCUCGGUAUGCUGUAACCAACUCUACCAUGCUGGAUACUUUUCUGAUGUCGAAAAAUAGGUUGGCCAAGCAAGCGUCCGCAAGCACUCCAAGUGGAAUUGCGCAGUUGAGAAAGUCCUCGGAUCACCGACCAACCGCGAAUGCGGAUAAUUCAGAUGCGAUGAACAUCGACGACUUUAUCUUCUCGGACAACAUUUCAACUCCAGCGGGGCUGGACAUGUCUCCCUCCCCAGAAUUCACCAAGAAAGAAGCCGAUAACGCUACUUAUACUGUCGCUUCUGCAAUUCCAAUCAAAAUGCGAAAAGAACCAGUUCAAUUCGCUAUUCCCCAAUCCGUCCCUGCCCUUCACCAUAAUCCUCGUAAUGCCGAAGAAUUUAAUUAUGUGCAGAGACAUGUACGAAAAACCAGUAUUGAUGAGAGACGUGUAAGUACUUAUCUUUCGCGGUGACCCUUAUCAUUGAUUUACGAUUACGCCAUUUGCGAUAGCUUCUUGGUUAAGUUUCAUGCUGACCCUAUAUAGCCCCGCAAACGUCCUGCCGAUUUCUCUCCACAUGUCAAUUCAAUCAUGAUACCCAACAACCACGAUCACGAUGCCGAUAUCAACGAUUAUUCCUUAGAUCAACCUCAUCACCCCGAUAUGUCACAGCAACCUCAUCCUGCCAUGCCAUUUCAGCUCGACAACUUUAAUAUGGAGCACGAUCCCAUAAUUACUUCCGCUGGUCCUUUCCAGCAAAGCUUCAACUUUUCUCCCACAAACUCACCCCUGGUCCAGCAUGGUCCUUUCUCAGCCAUUUACAAUCAUGCUUCCAUGCCCUCUUCCUCAAUGAACUCAAAUGACUACUACUCGCCCCCCGGAAGUGCUUAUCCAUCCACCGCUUCAACUCCCCAGCCGAUCCCAGAGAAUGAACAAAUGUAUUUCCCCCAUCAUGGCAUGGACAUGCGUCCUCCCCGACCACAUACAUUCAGUCAUGGACCAUCUAGCUUAUCGAAUUCUAUGGGUCCUCAAUAUAUGUACAACGCAACUGGCGGUUCAAUGUUUACUGCCGUUACAAGCGGUGCUGGCCCAAGCAAUUCUUACACAGCCCCAGGAGGGUUCAAUAUGUCGCAACAUAUCGACCCUUCUCAAGUCUUUCAACCAGAGCAACCAGUGAGAUCUCCUGGUGUUCACAUGGGCCAUGAGAACAUGUUUAGUUUUGGAGCGGAUUCGGAUAAUGAAGAAGACGAAGGGGCUGCUUUUGCUGACAGAACUCUUAUGAUGCAACACGACUUUGCGCAAUCUCCAAUGGAAGACCCAAAUAUGGAAAUGAGUACUGGAGGGCCCUUACAAUGGGAUGCUUCUUUACCAGGACAAUUUAAUACACAGGCCGCCCGGUAUCCAGGUGGACCGCCACGAAAACAAGUUACCAUUGGAGGUACUGCUGACAUGGGUCCAUCCCCACUCGAUUGGGAUGGGUCAGCAGGCUCUCUGGGAAGAACGCAUGCCUCAAGUCAGUCCGUAGCGGAUAGCAGGAACAGAAAUGGGAACGAUCGUAGACAAAAGAUCCCCCGCACUGCAUCGACACCAAACGCGGCAAUGAUGGGACAACGCGGUGGAAACCCAUUUGAUCACAUGGCACAAUCAAAUCCCAAUUCGCCACCGGAUGCAAACAACAUGUCAGGCUUCUCUUCGGUCGCUCCUAGUCGGCCAUCUUCACCGGGUGGCUCUAAGCAUGGUUCUACAACGAAUUUGUCUGGUGCUGCAGGUGCGCAGGGUGAGAAUGGGGUUCCCACUACCUGCACGAAUUGUUUCACUCAAACAACGCCAUUGUGGAGGAGAAACCCAGAGGGACAUCCUCUUUGCAAUGCGUGUGGUCUAUUCCUCAAGCUUCAUGGUGUCGUUCGGCCGCUCUCGUUGAAAACAGAUGUUAUCAAGAAACGUAAUCGUGGAUCGGGCGCUUCUAUACCAGUCAGCGGAUCUGGCGGAACUUCUACAAGAGCAUCAAAGAAACUUGGUAAUGCUCCUAUAACCAGUAUGCCAAACACGAGGAAGAAUUCUGUUAUCGCGACCUCGAAUACAGCUCCAACAACUCAAGCCACCACUCCAACUAGUGUACGAGCUAGAAGUGUCAAUGAGAGCCAAAGCCCACAAUCUGUUACUGGAUCUGCUGGUAAUGGCGGCAGCACCGCAGGCAGCACACCUACCUCCUACCAUGGAUCUGCUGGCUCAUCAGUGGGAAACACUGGAGUCAGUGGUGGCAAAGGCGUCAUACCAAUCGCAGCAGCUCCGCCCAAAGCGACUCCAGGCCCAGGAGCAGCAGCAACAAAUAUGACAACCAGAACAAAUGUGGCGACUACCUCAAAAAGGCAACGAAGACACAGCAAGAGCGUAAGCGCCAUUGAAAGCAUGGAUGUUGAUUCUCCCGAAAACUCGACUGGUUCUAACGAAGCUGCCAAGUCAACUGGGAUGGGGUUGAUGAGCUCCGGUGGUAGCAUGACAAACAUGGGUCUUGCAAAUGGAUUUGGAAUGAGUACCCGACCCAUGGCUCCUAGCAUGGCUAUGCAGGGCAUAUCAGGUAUGGGCGGAUCUUCUGGAAUGGGAGCUCCAGGACAGAACGGAGUUGGUGGUGCUGGUACUGGCCCGCAAGAAUGGGAGUGGCUGACUAUGAGUCUUUGAACGAAAGCAUUUCCCGGGGUCUUUUAGGGCUUGUUUUGGAUACAUGGCGCUUGCACUGUUCCUUGGGAGGUUUCGGUUGCUUUUUUUCCUCCGCGAACGUCUAUCACCACUGGGAUCUGGGUCGGUACAUGUGAAGUUUUUCCUCGUUGAUGUGUUUCUUUCUCACGCCUUUGAUCUGCACAUAUACAGGAAGGGGAUACUACGUACGGGUUCAGAAGCGGGUUGUCACUAUCAUGUUUUUUUUUCCUGGCAAGUCUUUGCUUUGCUCCGCUUUGAUACCAUCGUUGCUCUUUUUCCUUUCCGCUUUUGGAUUCCUUGCUGAAUUUUCAGCUCGAUACUAAUCUGUCUUUUGAUCCGAGCGACGCCAUAAUGAAACGAUCACGUCUUUUCUCGCAGCAACGAUCAUGAGCUUCCAUUAGCUGUAUAGAAAUUUCAUGGAAGAGGCAGGCAUUUUGGCUUGCGUGUUUCUUGAUUGUCUGUGUCGAAUUCAUACUUCCAAAGGGCUUUGUUUGAAUGCGCUCGGAGUUUGCGAUGCAAUAUGGGUGCCCUGACAUUUCACUGUUUUAUAUGACGGGUCAAUGGGUGGACGGUAAUGGAGGGAAGGCUUAGCUGAUAAAUCUCUUUCUUCGUUCGGAUGAAAUGGAAAUUCUUCGGUUGCUUUACGUUUCAACGAACUUUUGGGGGUGGGUUUUGGGGGGAUAACACCCCUUUGGUCUUCUUUGGACUUUUGCGUUGCGUCGUUUUAGCAUCUCGUUCUGGGGGGUGAGGGGGCAUAGAGAGCAUUAUGAUACCUUGAUACCUUUUUUCUUUUCUUUGAAUUUUUUUCGUCGAAUUCAUUCUGGUUUCUCCUUUUCUUUACGUGUGCGAGUUGGGGUUUCUUUUUCUUCUCUACUGGUUUAUGAGAGGUGACGUGAAUUGUUUGGCUCUUACCUGAGAGUUGAGAGUAGUUUAUGGUGGUGGGUGCGACUGUGAACUUUGAGAUGGAUGACCUUUUCUUUUUUGUAUAUGGAGAGUGGGUAGAGAGGGGGCUUUGGGUGAUAGAUAGUUUGAGGUGAUGGAGCAAGGGGCUGUUCGGGGCUGGGGUAUGGUGGUGUCAGGGAAGGUGGGGUGGGUGCCUCUGGAGUUGUCUAGAUAAUUGAUACGGUGAUACAU